UUCGCUUUUCUGUUUUGCCCAGUUGUAGUCGCACGGAAUUAGAUGCGGUAAUAUUGUCUACGGUAAAUAAAAGUGCCGUGAAGUUUUAUGACUUAGGUGAUACAGAUAUUAGGUAUAUUGUGGUGCAAAAAUAAUGAAAUGAUGGGUCCGUCCGGGCCGUUAGUUCUGUGCCGGUCGUGGUGCGAUGCAUUCGUUAGAUUCCGAUAGACUUGGAAAGUUAAAUAGUUUUCGAUGUAUCGUUGUGUGCUUUUUGUGCAAUCGUAACUCCUAACAUGAGGAAUAUAAGAUUUUGUGUCGACUUGGUGCUAUGGAGUGCGAUAGCAUACCUCUUCGUGCUUCCGUUCUCGGAGACCAGGAUGGAGGAAAGCAUGGAGCCCCACCCGACCUCCACGGAGAAGCCAGAAGAAUCAUCCCGGGACGAGCCCAAGAUCGAGAAGUGUUUCCACAUGCCCCGGGACAAGUGUCCCACGGACGGGCAGAAGUGCACCCGCGUGGACCCAGUGUCCGUGUUCUGCUGUGAUGUGGACAGCUUCAGGUUGAGGGAGGCCCUGGCUAUAUUUAUGACACAGAACACGACGAACCUCCACGUGUCGAACGCAACUAUAAAAGAUCUAGAUGUGUCCCAACCGAUCUUCCGGAGGCUGACAUCCAUGGCCCUCACUGAUGGGAACAUUGGGAAAAUUGUCGGUCAAUUCCCAAAGCAUUCGCCAAUCGUCUGUCUCAACAUAUCGAACAACAACUUGAGCAGCAUAACCCCGCAGCCGCCUUUGAGCCGGCCCUUCGCGUAUUUAUACGCCCUAAAUGUAUUAGACGCAUCCUCUAACAACCUUACUGAGUUCCCGUUGAGUCUCCUGCAGAGUAAUCGGAAGAUACAUGUGGAUCUGUCAGGUAAUAACUACCUCCCGUGCAAGCACUUCCACAAAGCCAUGGAGGUGAACAGCCGGGAGCCGCUGCUGAAGUUCCUCCACUACAAUAAGACGUACUGUGCGAUCGAUCUGAGGUACAACUGGUUUAAAGACGUCCAGAUUGUCCAGAUCGAUCAUGUGUGGGUGCAAAAACAGCUAAACGAGUCCUGCCAGAACAUAAAGCCAGCGAACAUAAACUGCACGUGCACCACGGUGCUCGAACUAGUGGUCUCCAAGGAGGCGACAUACGUGGUGGGGGUGGAUUGUUCCCAGCGCGGACUGAAAGAGAUGCCAACUAAUCUGCCCAAUAAUACCGUUAAUUUGAACGUGUCUCAUAAUAAUAUUACAUCUCUUCAAGCGAUCUCCGAUGAUAGCACGUACGAUCACUUGCGAUGGCUGGUCGCAGACUUCAAUGACAUCACUAGCCUUGUUGAAUUGGAGGGAUCCAAGUUCAUAGACAACUUUGGUCUAUUCUCUAUUACGAAUAAUAAAUUGCAUUCGAUUCACCCAUACGUGUUCUCGGACCGUUUCGACUCGACCAGCGCCACCAUGCUAGUUGCCGGGAACUACAUACACUGUGACUGUAAUACUGAGAAAGUGCUAAAGCCCUGGCUACUAGAAAACAACAAAGCCAUACCGGACUACAAGCAACUAAAAUGCGAAAAUAUUCCAAACACUGCUGUCGUAGAAUUAAAAGAAUUCCAAGUGUGUCACACUCCACGAGAUUGGACAGACUAUAUCUACUAUAUUAUUGGUCUAGAAACCCUCGUUUUAGUGUUACUAGUAAGCAAAGUAUCCUAUGAUUAUUGGGUAUUCAAAACAGCUGGAUAUCUUCCAUGGCCAGCUAAUAAAAUGCCUAGACUGCCGUGUGAUUGGCUCUGUGAAUGACUUUGACGUUUGUAAAAUUUUACGAUAUCUGUGGUAUUUUUUUGCUUUUUAAGCUGAUUGGACGUUAGUCCUUUGCCUGAUUGAGAUUUUCGCGCUAAAAUCAAUAGUGACAUUGAGGUGUGAUGCAAUGAUGCCAAAAGUGAAAAACAGUGCAAUUAUUUUUAAUGGUGAUUAACAGAAAAUAAUAAAUAUGCUUAAUUAGACAUUAUAAUAUAGGCUAAGGUAAUAUUUAAGGACCUGUUUCACCAGUUGCUGAUUGCCACUGCUAGGCUAUUAAAUUUUUUACAUACAUUCAUUAAUUGUUAUACCUAUUACCUGGCAGAUAAAGUUGUGAAGCUGGCUGGUAAACACUGCAAAAUAAUUUGCGAAAGACCAAAAUAAACGUUAAUCAGGCUUUAUAAUAUUUUCGGUAUAUUUUUAUAAUGAUACAUUUUCCAUAAUUUAUAAGUAGGUACCUACAUAAACAACAUAGAUAUUUAAAAAUGUAUAUAUUUUUUAAUCUGUAAGUAUAAUAUAUCAUGAACGUGCCUUAACUAGCAAAAUAGGUACGAUACAUAUUUACAAAUUUUAAGUAUUUUGUGGAAGUAAACUAGUUAUGAAGUCAGGGUAACUACAUGUUUCGGAUUUUUUGUCUUUUUGAAUAUUAACUGAUAAAACUUGCCAUUUUUUUGGAAUCUCGAAA